CUGCAACAUGUCCCUCGUCUUCAUCCACUUCAUUAUAUCCCUGCUGCUCUCAGCAACCCAUGGGCACGGCGGGGUGUGGAAUUAUUCGAUUGCAGGCGACUGGCGACCUGGGUAAGUACAACACAUCUGAAUGUCGUCCAGUCGCCUUCAUGAAUGGGUUCAAGCUGGACCAGUUAAGAUUGGCAUUCGACCUGAGCGUGGAAGCCCCGAUUGAUAAAACCCCGUGUAACUAUAGAUUCUUCCCCUAUUAUCCCGCCGAGGGGCAAUCAUCCAUCCAACGACACUGGAUUGACUUCAGCCCCAUCGUCGACAGCGAGCACGCCACGCUGGUCUGCAACAACCCCGGCAGCUAUGCCGAAGAGUACGCAACCAUCGACGCCGGCGCCGAGAUCAAAGCAUACUUCAGAGGAUGGCCUCACGAUAUUGGCGCCGUCGUUGUGUGGAUUGCGUACUGCGGCCCGGAACCGACGGCCUGUUCGUCUUUCAACGGCACCGGCAGACACUGGUUCAAGAUUGACCAAGCCAGCCUGUUGUCGGGCACGGUCCGAGACGGGGUGUGGGCGCAGAAGAGGUUGAUUGCCGACAAUUACACCUGGACCGCGACAAUCCCGGAAAGGCUCAAGGGAGGCGCAUACCUGAUCAGACACGAACUUAUCUCGCUACAUGUGCCAUUCACUCCAGAAUUCUAUCCUGAAUGUGCGCACUUGAAUGUGGUUAGUUCUUGGGACGAGACCCCCGGCGAGGAGUAUCUGGCAUCUAUCCCUGGAGUUUGGUCGAAAGACGAUCCUGAACUUCAUCUCAAUAUCUACGAGGAGCCAACUUCAAACCGGACAGAGUGGGCAGUCCCUGGGCCUCCAGUCUGGAGAGGAUCUGGGGAAUAACUCGGAGGCGGCCGCAUUGUACGUAGCAGCAGCAGGCAGGGAGCACCGUAUGUUACGGCAGACCAGACUCCCUUAUGCAUGGAGAAGCAAUGCGGGCGUGUUGUAUUGCGAAGCGUUAAUCUCGGCGGUUCACGUUACCCUCUUGAAGACAUCUGGAUGGUGGAAGACUUAAGCGAUAUUAGAGCAACAGAAUCAGAUCUUGGGAGAACAGAGCUUGCUGGUUAAGGCGGACAAUCAACAUGCUUUCACAUGGUCUCUAUGCAAGUCCCAGGGUUGAGGCCCAUUAUUUGUAUGUCAUAUUGACCUAUCUGAGCUUGCUGAGAUAUCAGGU